AUGGGCGACGCCGAUGAAGCUCCGCAGAAAGAGCUGGUCACGAAUCUAACCUUGGACAUUCUUCAGAUUGUGAAGGUUAGCCAGAGCCAGCAUGGACUGCGUCACGGAGACCACGCGCGGUACCGGCAGUACUGCACUCGACGUCUCGCUCGUCUGUACAAGGCUAACAGGAUGAGCCACGGUCGCGGAAGAUAUCAGAAGAGAACACUCGAGGUGUCCAUGGUGGAUAAUGAAGCUUUCCUUUUGAUUCCGCUCAUGAUGUCUGAGCGGGCUUGGAGCUACGCGAUGGAACUCAAGCGGGACGCCGGCAACGAGCCUCGGAAGAGAGCUCACAUGAUCAGGCGACUGAAGAAGGCGACUGUCCACGCCACCGAGCUCGUGAACCUGUGCGGCCAGGUCGGAAGUGCGCGGACAGCUCUCGAGGCUGAAGCGUACUCGUCGUAUAUAUUUGGCUGCUACCUAAGUGAACAGGAGCGUGACUGGGAUAGAGCGCUGGCCAAAUUCAUGAGAGCGCGUAAGGCGUUUGAACAACUUGCCAGGGUUGGUGGUCCUGAUCAAGCAGAGGUUUGCCGGGAACGCCUGGAGGAGCUCGAGCCGAGCCUGCGCUAUUGCACGUACAAACGAGGCAGCGAAGGAAGCCCCGUCGCCGGAUCUAUGGACGAGAAAGAUAUGGCCGCGCUUAAGGGAGACGGCGGUGAGGAUGAUGAAAGGCUCAAAGCCGUUCUCGCUGAAGAGAGUGGACGCGCAUCUGGCGCUGUGACAACCAGCUGGCGAGGUUACGACAUUCCGAUCAGAAAUGGUAAAGUCAGGGAAUGUUUAGCCAAUGUGGCUGUUCAACUCGCGAAGAUUGAAUCGCCGUUGAUCAUGGCUACUGAUCGCGCUCUCGCCAUCUUUGAUAAGGUGUUCAUGCUGUACAGCGAUGCCCGCCAGCACCUUCGCGAUGACCUUGCCGAGGCAAGCUCCGGGGCGCAAAGCGAUUCUACCAGCCGACUGACGGACUUGAAACUUGCCGACCGCGCCAUCGCCGUAAUGUUAAUCGAGCAGACUAUCCAACGCAACAAGUUUCUGGUGGAUUCCGCAAAUGCAAAGCUUGCUGGAGAAAUAAGACUUGCAAAGGGGGAGAAGGCGACCCGACCAGAGGAUAUCGUGCACCUUCUAAGUGCUUCACUCCGAAGCUACGAAGAGCUCAUCGAAAGCGGUCCUGAGGUACUUCGCGGUAUGGAUGGAGCUGAGAGAGUCGAAGAGGAACUGCGUGUGGAGUGCAUGACAGCUCAGAAGAUGUUGAGCUCAGACCGGGCUGCCGCGCUGGGAAAGGUUCACUCAAGUGCAGGCAGCCAUGUUGACGCGGCGAUCUUGUUCAAUCGCUCUGCUGAGCACGCUGCCGGGGUUUCAGAGGCUGCGGCCACACGGGCUCGGGUGAAUAGGAUUGGUGCUAUUAAAAGUGGGAUCGAUACACUGCUCGCAGAUCGCAAGGGUUUGCGAAGCGGGCUCGAGGACGUGUCUCUUGAGGGUCCGACCUCCAGUGAGUCUCGUUUCCUCAUGGAGAGCUUGGAUGAGUACAAGCCUGCCGUCUUGGGCAAGGGCGCCAGCAAGGUUCACAUCAUGCCCAUUCCGAACCGGAUGGAGUCAUUGGCAAUCUGCGAAGAAGGGCAGCACUCUUAG